CAGGUUUGCCUUUAUCAGGGUCUGAAGAGGGUGAUGAUGUGGUACAGUGAUUGACAUCUUUAAAGCCCUCUCUAACUGGUGGCUAACAACAUUCCUAUUCAACCCAAAUCACAUUCUUCUGCCUCCAACCAUAGGAGUGAACAAGAUGGACACCAACAUCUCUUUCCUCAUGAACAUGACUGCAGGGAACUCUAUGAAUGUAUCUGCAAGGACCCAACCAGUAUCUGCUGCCUACACUGCUCUGAAUGUCUUCUCAUAUUUGAUGUUUGCCAUCACCUUUGUCCUUGGAGUGCUGGGCAAUGGGCUCGUGAUCUGGGUGGCCGGCUUCCGCAUGGUACGCACAGUCACCACUAUCUCUUACUUGAACCUGGCCAUUGCUGACUUCUGCUUCACCUCCACGCUGCCAUUUUUUAUUGCCUCUAAGGCCAUGGGAGGACAAUGGCCAUUUGGUUGGUUCAUGUGCAAGUUCAUAUUUACCAUAGUAGACAUAAAUCUGUUUGGAAGUGUCUUCCUGAUCGCCCUGAUUGCACUAGACAGAUGUAUUUGUGUCCUGCAUCCAGUCUGGGCUCAGAACCACAGAACCGUGAGCCUGGCCAAGAAAGUAAUUAUCGGACCCUGGAUUUGUGCUUUUCUCCUUACCUUACCGGUUAUUAUUCGUCUGACCACAAUCCCUAAUAAACUUGGGCCAGGGAAAACAGUCUGCACUUUUGACUUCUCCCCCUGGACCGAAGAUCCUGUAGAGAAGAAGAAGGUGGCCAUCACCAUGCUUACCAUCAGAGGAAUCAUCAGGUUCAUCAUUGGCUUCAGCACACCCAUGUCCAUUGUUGCCAUCUGUUAUGGGCUCAUAGCCACUAAAAUCCACAGGCAAGGCCUGAUCAAAUCCAGCCGGCCCCUGCGGGUUCUCUCUUUUGUGGUGGCUGCCUUUUUCCUCUGCUGGUGCCCAUUUCAGGUAGUGGCCCUCAUAUCCACAAUCAAAGUCAGGGAACUCUUAAGCGGAAUGAUUCCAGGCAUCGCAACUGCAGUCAAUGUCACAAGCUCUUUGGCCUUCUUUAACAGCUGCCUCAACCCAAUUCUUUAUGUCUUCAUGGGCCAGGACUUUAGAGAGAGACUAAUUCACUCACUGCCUGCCAGUCUAGAGAGGGCCUUGAGUGAGGACUCAGCCCAGACUAGUGACACAGGCAUGAAUAUGGGCAACAAUUCCUCUUUACCUUCUGAAGACAAUGUACAGGCAAAGUGAAGAGGGGACUUCAACUCAAGUUUUGUCUGCUUUGAGUUCCCCUGUGCUAUAAUAGAGAUUCCCUGUUGACUUUCAAGCUACACACUCAAUAGAAAAACUUGAGAUGACUUUUUGGACUUUUGUUACCUCAACUGAAGCAGGUCAAUGAGAAAAGACAAAAAUAAUAUACAUUUUCUUGUUGGUCUGAGAUAGUUACAAAUGACAGUUAUUGCUAUAGCAUUAUUAAUGCUGGCCACUUCCAGUCCCCUCACAGGCUGUAAACUUGCUGAUUCUCAAGUGUCCUUCUGUGGGUAAUAGGUGUAUGCUUCCUUUAGAUAAUGAAGAAGGGGAAAGACUUGUAUCUCUUGAGAUACAUAAUUUCCUGACCCCUUGUGUUGCUAUAUUUGCCAUACCACUUACCAUCAUAAAAUCAGUGUUUUCUGGUGGCACAUACUUUUAAUCCCAGGACUUGGGAGGCUGAGGCAGUUAGAUCUCUGUGAAUUCGAGGCCAACCUGGUCUAUAGAGCUAAAGCCAGGACAGGCUCCAAAGCUUCACAGAGAAACUGUGUCUUGAAAAACCAAACCAAAAAGAAAAAAAAAAAGGCAGUGUUUUCAUUUAUGUCUCUCUGUGUAACUACAACCAAAUUUGUCCAGUUUGUGUAGCAUCUGGUAUUUGAGGUACCUAACUCAAAGUGAAUGACCCCAAAAUUGUGCUCCAGGCUUUACUUUCAGUAGCAGUGAGUUAAGUGUCACCCAUCCACCCCACCAUCCCGCCACACACACACACACACACACACACACACACACACACACACACCAUGAUUUGUUGUUAUUUGCGUUCUUUUGAUCUUGACCACUCUGGCUAGAGUAAGAUAAAACCUCAAAAUAGUUUCAAUAUGAAGUUUCCUGCUGGCUAAGGAUUUUAAACAUUCAUUUAAAUGUUUUGUGACCAUUAGUAAUUUGUCUUUUGAGAAAUCUUCUCUAGUGCCUGUUUUUUAAUUGGGUUCUUUGUUUUCUUGAUGUUUAGCAUUUUUGUUAUUAUUACUACUUGAAUUCUUUGUGUAUUUUAGAUACUAACACUCUGUCAAAUAUCCAGCUGGUAAAGAUUUUUUUCCAUUCUGUAGACUGCCUCUGUACUUGAGCGAUGUAAUUCUUUGUUGUAUGGAAGUUUUUUAGUGUCAUUGGGUCCCAUUUAUUUAUUUUAUUGUUCAUCUCAACACCUGUACUUUAAGGUCCUAUUUAAAAAGCCUUUCCCAAGCGGGGAAUUGGUGGCACACGCCUUUAAUCCCAGCACUCGGGAGGUAGAGACAGGCGGAUCUCUGUGAGUUCGAGGCCAAGCCUGGUCUAUAGAGCAAGUUGCAGGCCAGCCUCCAAAACAAUACAGAGAAACCCUGUCUUGGAAAUAAAUAAAUAAAUAAAUAAAGCCUUUCCCAGUGAGUUCAAUUGUA